GCUGAGCUGGAAAUAGGUGACAAAAUGGCGAUAGUACAGCAGACAAUAUGUACAUUCAUAGUCUGUCUACUCUGCACGAGUGCCGGCUUCAACUUCGCUUGGCCGUCUUCCACCGUCACCAUGUUUAUGUCCACCAACACCACUCUCGAUCGACCCAUGACGCUCACCGAGCAGACCAUGUUCGGCAGCAUCUUUUCUAUCGUCGCUCUCAUCAGCACCCCUCUUACUGGAUAUAUGCUUGACAACCUUGGGAGGAAGAACACGUGCAUCAUAUUCGGUUUACCUCAAGUGAUAUCCUGGGUUUUAAUAUCAUCAACAAGCUCAGUAGAAUUAGUGCUGGCAUCUAUGGGUAUAGCCGGCAUAGCUGGAUGCAUCUUCACCUGUGCGCCGAUGUACAUUAGUGAAAUCUGUCAGGAAAACAUUAGAGGCACCAUGGUUGCUUGCGUCAACAUCUUCUACGGCAUCGGAAUCACCUUGUCCUACGUCUUCGGAGGCUCUAUGGGCUAUCAGACUAUGAACUACACCUGUUUGACCAUAGCCGCAGCAUCAGUCCUUCUUAUGGCGUACAUAAAAGAAAGUCCUCUGUAUUUGUUGAAAAAAGGGUUGGAUGAGGAAGCAGCAAAAUCAAUCGCUUUCUAUAGAAGUGUUAGGAUAGACUCAAAGGUAGUUAUAGAAGAAAUUGAAGCAAUUAGACGCACAAUGGACCUUGAAAAUGGUGGUGAAAAACUUCCUGAAGAAGAGAAUCUGAAGCCUCCUGAAAAUCCAGAGAAACCGUCGAUUAUGCAAUUCAUUCGUAAAUCCAAGUCGACUCGUCAAGGGAUCUUUAUCGUAUUGAUGGUGACGUUAUUUUCACUAUUCCAAGGACUCGUAGCAGUGCAGGUCUACGCUGAACCGAUGUUUGAGAAGGCGAUGCCAAGUGUUUCCGGAAAUUUGAUGAGCAUACUCUUCGGACUACUAAAUACUGUUGUUGGUUUCAUCGCUGCUUAUCUAGUAGAUGUUUGUGGAAGGCGGAUUCUCAUUAUCUGCUCCUCUGCUGCAUCGGGCAUCAGCUGCCUCGCCGUGGCCUCUCAGGUCCACUUCCAGUGGGGCCCCGACUGGCUCAAUAUCGUCUUCAUUUUCGUAUACUGCAUCUUUUACACAUUUGGCGCUGGGACUGUGCCCUAUGUCAUCAUGGCUGAAUUCUUUUUACCUGAGGUGAAGAGCUACAUGCUGAUGCUAGCCCAGCUAUGGGCAUGGGUCUGCAGCUUCUUCGUAGUCUUCAUUCUCAGUGUAAUCGUCACGAACUUCGGUAUCGCCACCGCCUUCUACCUAUUCGCAGUCUCGUGUGCGCUCAGCGCUAUCUUCUGCUUCUAUUAUCUACCUGAGACGAAGGCGUUGCCUCUUGACGUCAUCCAGAAAUUACUCGUGAAGAAGCGAUAGUAUUUAGAUUGUGAUUGUCUAGUUUAGCUUAUUUUUAUUAAGAUGAAAAAUAAAUGAGAUAGUGGUAGUCUUGUACAGCUUAU